AUGGCGCCGGAGCGCAGCGCGUCGGGGCUGCCGCGGGCUUUCCUGCAGAGCCUCCGGCCGCUCUACGACAUCCUGGACGAGCGGCGGCGGGGCUACGUGCACCUGCGGGAGAUCGAGUCGCGCUGGCUGCAGCCGGGCGGGGAAACGGGGCCGCUGCCGCCGGGGGUCUUGGAAGGGCUGCGCCGGGCGGCGCCGGCCAGCGGCUACCUCACCUUCGAGCGCUUCGUGCUGGGGCUCCGGCUGUCGCUCCUGGGCGACGAGCGAGGAGGGGACGGCCCAGCGGAGCCCGCCGGCGGGAACCUCGCCGGCCCAGCGCCCUGCCCCGCCGCCGACGCCGCCCCCUCGCCGCCCCCUCCGCUGAAACGGGGCGCUCGGCCGGGCGGCACCGCCGCCCCUCGGAGCCUGGAGCAGAGCAGCCACGGCGGGCAGGCGGAGCAGCAGCAGCUGCCGGGCAAGCGAGCCGCAGGAGAGGCCGGUGGGACCCGGAAGCCAAAAGAGCCGCUGGAAAACGAGGGUUCUUGCAAGGAGCCCCGCAGGCAGCUGAGCAGCCGGCGGAGACACACCAUCACCCACGGAGUGGACUAUGAGAUGCUGAAGCAGAUGAAGGAGCUGGAGAAGGAGAAGGACUUCCUGCUGCAGGGCCUGGAGCUGGUGGAGGAGGCCCGGGGCUGGUACCACCAGCAGCUCCAUCGCCUGCAGGGGCACCAGAAGCAGCUGGCACGGAGCAAAGGUCGCCAGCAGGAAGAGGGAGGCCGGACGCAGCUCAGCCAUCUCUUCCCGCAAGUGCAGGAGCUGAACCAAUGCCUCUGGCAGCUGCUUUCCCUCUCUGCCAAGCCUGGGAACUCAAGCCCUGCCGCCUCGCACAGCCCGCCUGCCACCCUCCUGGGCCCCUCUCCACCUGUGGGGCCACAACAGAUCAUCCACAUGCUGAAAGAACAGAACAAACUCCUCACCAAGGAGGUGACGGACAAAGGCCACCGGAUCACGCAGCUGGAGCAGGAGAAAUCCGCCCUCAUCAAGCAGCUUUUUGGAGCUCGGGCAGAAAGUACCAAGGACAGCAACCAGUUGGAUUCCACCUUCAUUUAGCCUCUGGACACCAAUGGCCUCUUUCUGUGACAUUUCCCUCCCCCCCCCUUAAGAGACUGGGGAAGUGGGACAUCUCCCCUAUGGGAGGGGGCUGCAGAAGAAUCUGGGCACUCUCCCUCCAGCCGCCCACUUUGCAAGCUGGCCCUCCUGAACCCCACGGCCAGCAGGGGGUGUCGCGGCAGCAUCUCUGCGAAAGGAUAUCCUCAAUGGACACUUGGCAGGGUUCAGGAGUAGGGCGGAGGACCCCCACUGCCCCUGCCCCAAGGAAACCUCCUCCCUGACUGCAACACUCCUAGAGGGUCAAAAACAUGUGUAGCACCCCGUGAGACCCCCAGGGGUCCGGAUUCCCACCACUUAGGAAUAAACACGGACUCUCUUUUGUGCCUUUGGGUGAAUUGGGCUUUUUUUUUUUAAUUAUUUUUUUAAUGGCUGACAUUUCCAUGCUGCCCUACUCCAAACUGUGCCCGCGGAAGGGCAUGUAUGUGUGUGCACUUCCUCUGUGUAACAGAAAACCUUCACAAUCUGCUUGGUUUCCUUCGUGCUGGGAGGGAAGCCUUCCUCCCCCCCUCUCCAGUGUGUUCAGCUGAAGGGCUGCUUACAACUAGCUGUUUUUCAUUAUAAGAGGAAGCUGCCAAAGGAUUUGGGACUCUGACUUUCCUGCCAGUUGCUAUGUUUACAAAUAAACACUGUGCGUAGUUUUCUUUUUCUGCGUAGCAUUUUUGAGGAUGUUUUUUUUUUCUAAAUACAGUACAUGUGUUAGUAUUGUCACU